CCUUACUUUUUGUAUAAUGCAUAGGUAAUGGCACAAAAACAACAAUCUCAUGAUCCAGCUUGGAGCCACACACGUCGAUUAGAAAAUCGAUUCCAUUGGCAAUGUUUGCAUUGCGAUAUGAUUGGACGCGGCGGCGGGGUCACACGCUUAAAACAUCUUGCUGGUGGAUAUCCGGAUGUUUCUAAUUGUCCAAAAGUUUCUCAAGAAGUUCGUCAUGCAAUGAAAGAGGAACUUGAUGGCAGAAAAGCAUUAAAGUAUAAACAACAACGAGAACGUGAACUUGUUGAUAGUCGAAGCUCUAAAGAACCAAUCUAUGAUGAAAUGGAAGGUCGUGGUGAAGUUCCAAAUGACGAAGACUUUUUAGCAGCUCUCAGUGCCUCUCGAACUCAAUAUGACUAUGAGCAAAAUAUGCAACAUAGAAGUGACUCUGGUGCUAGUGGAAGUGGCUCAACUACUGCAUCAACAUUAGGAAGGAGUGCAAGUGUUCGUAUUACUUCAACACAAGGUGGUAUUGGUCGUUUUUUUUCUUCCAUGGGACGAAGACGUGCAGUUGAUAUUGCUGAUAUUGAUCCACUGCAUUUCCAGACCAAGCUAGCAAACAGACUAGGAUUGAUGAUGCAUAUUCAAAAGAGAAGAAGAAAUCAAUCGGUAAAAGUAUUGCUAAAUUUUUCCAUUUUAAUCAUAUUCCCCCUAAUGUAGCAAACAACACAUACUACCGUAGCAUGGUGUCCAACAUCCAAAAAUCUGGUCAUGGUAUUCAACCUCCGACUGCAUAUAAAAUUGCCGGUCCAUAUUUAGAUGAACAAGUGGAGGAGAUCAAGACUUGGAUCCUAUCAUGCAAGAAACAAUGGAGCUUAUAUGGGGUUACGUUGAUGUGUGAUGGCUGGACAGGACCUACACGGAUGAGCAUCAUCAACUUUCUACUAUACUGCAAUAGAAAGGUGAUAUUUCAUAAAUCUAUUGAUGCAACUACAGACUAUCAUGAUGCACCCUACAUAUUUCGUUUGAUGGAUAGUGUAGUUCACGAGAUAGGUGCAGAACAUAUAGUACAGGUGAUUACAGAUAAUGGUGCCAACUUUAAAAGGGCUGGAGAGAUGUUGGAGCAAAGGUAUCGAACAUUAUUUUGGACACCAUGCGCACCACACUGUAUCGAUUUGAUGAUGACAGAUAUCGGUAAGCUCGAUAUAGUGAAGAAGGUAGUGAAAAAAGGUCAAUCUUUAACAAAAUUCAUCUAUAAUCAUCAUUGGGUUCAUGGAUUAAUGAGGAAAUUUAUUGAUGGGGAGAUUCUGCGACCAGGAGCGACUAGAUUUGCCACUCACUUUCUACUGUUAAAAUCGUUGAAUCAGAAAAAAGUCGGAUUAAAGGCCAUGUUCUCUUCUGAGGAUUGGGAAGUCUCUCGAUAUUCUAACACGACUGAAGGUAAGGAGGUGCAAAAAAUUAUUAUGUCUGUCAGAUUUUGGGACUAUAUCGCAGAUAUUCUUAUAGCAGUAGAACCAUUGUACGUUGUUCUACGUAAAGUUGAUAUGGACAAGAAGCCACAAAUGAGCAUCGUUUACCGCCUAAUUCAUGAAGCAAAAGAGGAAAUUAAGAGACGUCUACAAUCAUCGACCAAGUAUCAACAUUACAUUGAUAUAAUCACUACAAGAUGGGAUGAUCAAAUGGGAAAACCUAUUCAUUUGGCCGGCUAUUAUCUCAAUCCGGCAUAUCAAUAUCGUUAUAAUCUUGGCACAAAUGAUGAUUUAUUAGUGGCCCUCAGACAUGUAAUAUCAAGACUGCAUACAAACACAGAAUCAAUUGCUGAGACUAUUAAUGAAAGUCGAUUAUUUCGAGAGGCAUAUGGUUCUUUUAGCGAUUCUAUUGCAGUUUCAUGCAGAUAUAAAAUGGAUGCAGGUAAAUAUAGUAAAAAUUAUUUCUAAUUAUUGUCAACAAAUAUAAGUAAUUAUUUUAAUUUUGUUCUUAUUUAUCUUACAGCUGAGUGGUGGCUACAAUAUGGAGGAUCAACUCCAAAUUUGAAAAAGAUUGCAGUACGAAUUCUCUCACAGACAACGUCUUCAAGCGGUUGUGAAAGAAAUUGGUCAACUUUCUCCUUCAUUUAUACAAAAGUACGAAAUCGUCUUUCUUAUCGUCGCUUGGAGAAGAUGGUCUACGUUCAUUAUAAUAUGUGUCUUCAACUAAGAGCAAUAACAUAAGAGAAUGAAGAACAGGAGUCUGGUGAUGUAGACUCAUUUGAUAUUGGAUUUGUCCAGACUGAGAAUGAUCCAAUGAUGGAUUGGUGGAGUACUGUUGAGGCUGAGAAUCCAUUACUUGAUGAAGCAGGAGACCCACCACGACCAUCUCAAUUUCUUACUCAACAGAUUGAAAAAAUACAAGCUAGAGGAGAUAUCUGCGAGGAAGAAGAUGAUGAAGCUUUUGAUCAAGAAUUUUAAUUUUCUGGAUCUCGGUCUAGGCGUUCUCAAACAUCACAAACCGAACCAAAGUCCAUAGAUAAAGGCACAGGCAAAGCUCCUGCAAUUUUUACUAAAAAGAAAGAAAAAGACAAACCUCCUACUUUUAUGGGAAGUGGUCCAUUUAGAAUUAGAGAAAAUCCACUCGAUGCAAUUGAUGAGCAAGAACAUGAUGGCAGUGAUGAAACAUCAUCACCUUCUGACACUGUAGUCUGACGAGAAGUUCGAAAUGAGGAUAGUGAUGUUGAUAGCAGUGCAAGUACUCAUGGAAGUGAUGACAGUGGUGAUGCAUCUAGUGGUAAAAAUUAUGUCCCCCCCUACUCUAGCACCAGAGCCAUGGACAUGUGAGAUAGAUUACACACAUGCAACUCAAGAUGAUGAUCAUGGAGCUAGAGGUAGUACUAUUCAAUAUCAGCGUCGAUAUAAGGGUGACAAACAAAAGAAAGCUCAUAAUUAUCAAGAUAUGCGGGAGAGUUUAGCUGAGAUUGAUUCUAGUCGAAGUUCAUCAUACUCGCAACCUUCUUAUUAUAACUCUGAUGCAUCAUAUGGUGAUCCGUCAUACCAGAGCUCGGGGACGUAUGCUUAUCCUUAUCCUUAUCCUUUGCCUGUACCCGUUCCGAUUUCAGUGGUGUCAGUUCAAAUCCAACAUCCAGUGAUGAAUCGAGACACGCUGAUGAACAUGUGGAGAAAUCAAUAUCAAUAUUGCAUGUCAUGGGAUGCUUAUUUAAUCUGGUCAUUGGAGAACUAUGGAGUUGACCUAAGCAAAAUGUCGCAAGAAUCAAUGCUUCCAUCUGAUUCAUGCCACUCCUUUUGGUAUUAAUAAGGUAGCAUAUUAUGAUGUAUCAAUUUUAAUUCAAGUUAUUCCUAGAUCAACUUUUUUUAAA